UGUUAUUCUUUCACCACCGACUGCCUGCAAUUCCUUGUUCUAGAGAGAGAUUUUGGUGAUCAUGGCAUUUGCAGGUACAACCCAGAAGUGCAACUUAUGCGAGAAGACAGUUUAUUUGGUUGACAAGCUUACGGCUGAUAACCGUAUCUUCCAUAAGGCCUGUUUCCGAUGCCAUCACUGCAAAAGCACCCUCAAGCUUGGGAACUACAAUUCCUUUGAAGGGGUAUUGUAUUGCAGACCUCACUUUGAUCAGCUCUUCAAAAGGACUGGCAGUCUGGAAAAAAGUUUUGAAGGAACACCCAAGAUAGUGAAGCCAGAGAAAACUGAUUCAGAGAAACCUUCUGCAGUCAAAGCCUCAAGCAUGUUUGGAGGAACAAGGGAAAAGUGCGUUGACUGCAAGAACACAGUCUAUCCUACGGAAAGGGUUACGGUUAAUGGGAGUUCAUACCAUAAGAACUGCUUCAAGUGCAGCCACGGCGGAUGUGUGAUUAGCCCGUCCAACUAUAUUGCCCAUGAGGGUCGUCUUUACUGCAAGCACCACCAUACCCAGCUCAUCAAGGAAAAGGGAAACUUAAGCCAGCUUGAAGGAGGCCAUGACAAAGAACCUGCAAAUUAAAAACAUGUUUCCCCCCCUAAGCCAUCCGACAUCCAUCCUCUUAUGAUGUCUCCUUCUUCUCUCUCUAUAUAUAUACAUAUGGUUGUUCUCCUGCAUCUUGUGCAAAACUAUGUAAAAGAAAGAGAAAGAGUGCUUCUUUUUACCUU